GGCAUCGGAUGAGGGAGGAAGAACAGAGGGAGGAUAACAGAGGGAGGAAGAACAGAGGGAGGAUGAACAGAGGGAGGAAGAACAGAGGGAGGAAGAACAGAGGGAGGAAGAACAGAGGGAGUAAGACCGGAGGGAGGAAGAACAGAGGGAGGAAGAACAGAGGGAGGAAGAACAGAGGGAGGAAGAACAGAGGGAGGAAGAACAGAGGGAGGAAGAACAGAGGGAGGAAGAACAGAGGGAGGAAGAACAAAGGGAGUAAGAACAGAGGGAGGAAGAAAAGAGGGAGUAAGAACAGAGGGAGCAGGAACAGAGGGAGGAAGAAAAGAGGGAGGAAGAACAGAGGGAGUAAUAACAGAGGGAG